GCGUGCUACUGGAUGCAACAAGUGUCCGCGGGAGAGCUCUGUGGGCGACACUUGUUGUACAUAGCGGAAAGACUCUAACUCCACAUACAUAUAUGAGAUGUACAGAGGCAAUCAAAUUUGGUCAACGUCAGCAGUUCCCUAAAACGUCGGUGCAAAUUUAGCUCCACUCUGGUGUUACGUAGUUUUCUCGAGAUUGCAAUGGACACUUGUCAAUCAGCAUCACGUGAAACUCGGUUGUGCAAAAGUUUUCAGGCUGCCAGCUCUUUCUAAUCGACAUGCGUCUGACACCUCAUUCGAUUGGUCACUGCAGCUUCGGCACUUUGUUCACCUUGUAUCCCAACAACGCUUCUAAAGCUGUAAAUGAAAACUUUAUAUGGAUCUCGAAUUGUUGUCAACCCAGCUAUUGGCAUGUCGAGAAACGGAGGAUCAACUGUCACUCCAGUAACUCGAGGAAAAUUUCACGUGUUGAAGACGGACUGUAUCUAGCAGGCAUUGGAAAUCGAGCGAUUCUUGGGUUUUUUAACUCACAGACAUUGACGAGACUAGCAAAAGGACGAAGAAAAAGCUCUCGUGAUAGGAGCGAAACUCCGAGUUUGUGCGCGUUGUAACAAGGGGUUAUGAACGGCGAGAUGGGAACCAUCGGAGAAGCGAAUUCUAAACCUGGUCCCGUGAAGAGGACGAUUGCCAAGCUACGGCAUAAGGGACAUGAUGAUACUUCGGACGAGCAUCGUGACGACGCAACACACAAUACUCACUCGAAGACUGAAGAUUACACGGGUUCCGUAACCUAUGCUCUUGUGCGUGAACUCUUUCAGUACCUCAACAGUCAGGAGGGACAGAUCGCCAUCAGGAAUGUUGUAACGACACAAGCCAAAGUUGCAGCAAAUUUGGCCGUUACGGAUGGAGCCAAAGAAGCUUCUCGCGUUGCAGCAUUACAGGCUGUGAAGGGAUCCUACGAUGCGGCCGAGUCCAAGUAUUUAGAGUCGUGGAAAAAGCUUCCAGGGAUCGUGAAAGCGACUGCCGUUCCACUUGUAGCGUGCUAUGUUGCCUUUCUAGCCGUAGCACUUCUUCUUACCUUGUGGAGGUUCGUUCUCUACGGCACAAGCUAGAUAGACUGCAUCGGGUGAUUUACCGUCAAUGUACAUAUUCUGAUCCAGAAUUGUUGGUUGAUCCAACUGCCCGAGCAGUUGUCAAAUCUGUCAUUGUGCACACACAUGUAUACAAACACACACACAGAGAAGGAUUUAUUGGAUCUAGUGUAGCUAGUGUAGCUAAUAUGUUAUACUAUAAAUUGUUGUAGAAGGCCAACCUCAAACCUGGGCUCUCUUGGCUAGAAGUUUUGUUCUCACUGGGGACCAGCAUCACCAGUCUAAGGCUGUGCGCUGAGAUUAUGCAUUUUGUAGCUGUCCACGCAUUGUGGUUGUGUUUGUUCCAAAUUAGUGGGACAACGGCACUAAUCGACGAAUUUACUUACGAAUAGAUAGAUAAUGAGCAGUGGUUCAUGGUGUAGUACUGAGACGCAUACAGACACUUCAUGAAAGCACGCGUGUGAUUUAAAUGAUGUCG